CUCUCUCUCUCUCUCUCUUUCUCUCUCUCUCUCUCUCUCUUUCUCUCUUUCUGUCCCCCAGUGCCCAGCCAGCCUCCUCAGAAUGUGCGUGCGAUCACGGUGACGUCGGACGAGGCGGUGAUCACGUGGUCGGAGCCUCCGCGCAUGACGCUGAACGGCGUCCUGAAGGGCUACCGCGUGGUGUACUGGUCCCUCUACCCCGACGGAGGUGGGUGCUGCUGGGGCCAGGCACGGGGCGUCACGCAGAAGUGGGGGGAGAUGCAGAACAUCACCACCACCCGUGAGCAGGUGGAGCUGAAGGGGCUGGAGAAGUUCACCAACUACAGCAUCCAGGUGCUGGCCUACACCCAGGCUGGGGACGGGGUCCGCAGCAACGUCCUCUACAUACAGACACGGGAGGACCACCCAGGUCCUCCUGCGGGCAUCAAGGCUGUGCCCGCCUCUGCCUCCAGUGUGGUGGUGUCCUGGCUCCCCCCAAACAAGCCCAAUGGUAUCAUCCGCAAAUACACCAUCUACUGCUCCAGUCCCGGAUCAGGCCAACCGCGCUCCUCUGCCCGCCUGCCUGCUGAGACGUGGAGAGAGAGUGAGAAAGCCCCUAGUGAGUAUGAGGCGAGUCCAGAGGUGUUGUUCUACCGCAUCACGCACCUGAACCGCGGUCAGCAGUACCUCAUCUGGGCGGCAGCCGUCACCACUGCCGGUCGCGGCAACAUCAGCGAGAAGGUUACUGUGGAGCCUGCUGGCAAGGCGCCGGCUAAGAUCCUGUCGUUCGGCGGCACGGUGACCACUCCGUGGAUGAAGGAGGUCAGGCUGCCCUGCAGCUCAGUGGGAGAGCCCACGCCAACCAUCAAGUGGACCAAAGACAGUGAGGACUCAGCCAUCCCAGUCUCCCAGGACGGCCACCGGCUCAUCAUGUCCAACGGUACCCUCGUGCUCCGCUCGGUCAAAGCAGAGGAUUCUGGGUACUACACCUGCACGGCCACCAACACCCUGGGCUUCGACACCAUCCUCGUCAACCUGGUGGUGCAAGUACCCCCUGACCAGCCACGUCUGACUGUCUCCACCACCUCCACCUCCUCCAUCACUCUGGCCUGGAUCCCUGGAGACAAUGGAGGAAGCUCCAUCAGAGGCUUCGUGCUACAGUACUCAGUGGACAACACGGAGGAGUGGCGCGACGUGUUCAUCAGCUCUAGCGAGCGCUCCUUCAAGCUGGACAACCUGCGCUGCGGCACCUGGUACAAGGUCAAGCUGGCCGCCAAGAACAGCGUCGGGGCGGGACGCAUCAGCGAGAUCAUCGAGGCCAAGACCCACGGGAGAGAGCCCCAGUUCAAUAAGGACCAGCCUCUGUUCACGCACAUCAACUCGACGCACGCGCGGCUCAACCUGCAGGGCUGGACCAGCGGGGGCUGCCCCAUCAACGCCGUCCUGCUGGACUUCCGGCCCAAGGGCACGUGGGCGUGGCAGAGCGUGCGCACCAACGCCUCGGCGGACAUCUUCCUGGCAGAGCUGCGUGAGGCCACCUGGUACGAGCUCAAGAUGAAGGCCUGCAACAGCGCCGGCUGCGGAAACCAGACCUCGCAGUUCGCCACGCUCGACUACGACGGCAGUACCAUUCCUCCCAUCAAGUCUGCGCGUGGGGAGGGCGACGACGUGAAGAAGCUGUUCUCCAUCGGCUGUCCCGUCAUCCUGGUCACCCUGGGCAUGGCUCUGCUCUUCAUCAUCCGCAAGAAACGCAAGGAGAAGAGACUCAAGAGACUGAGAGAUGCCAAGAGCCUGGCUGAGAUGCUGAUCAGCAGUAAGAACAAUCGCAGCUUUGACACCCCAGUGAAGGGACCCCCCCAAGGACCGCGACUCCACAUCGACAUCCCCCGAGUACAGCUCCUCAUCGAGGACAAGGAGGGGAUCAAACAGAUUGGUGAGGACAAGGCCACCAUACCAGUGACAGACACAGAGUUCAGCCAAUCAGUGAACCCGCAGAGCUUCUGCACAGGCGUGUCUGUACAUCACCCCGCCCUCAUCCAGAACACUGGCCCUUUGAUUGACAUGUCAGACAUCAGACCAGGCACAAACCCAGUGUCAAGGAAGAGUGUGAAGUCGGCCCACAGCACACGGAACCGCUACUCCAGCCAGUGGACCCUGACCAAGUGCCAGGCCUCCACGCCGGCGCGCACCCUCACCUCCGACUGGCGCACCGUGGGCUCACAGCACGGCAUCACCGUCACCGAGAGUGACAGCUACAGCGCCAGCCUGUCACAAGACACAGAUAAGGGUCGCAACAGCAUGGUGUCGACGGAGAGCGCCUCCUCCACCUACGAGGAGCUGGCGCGGGCCUACGAGCACGCCAAGCUGGAGGAGCACCUGCAGCACGCCAAGUUCGAGAUCACCGAGUGCUUCAUCUCCGACAGCUCGUCCGACCAGAUGACCACGGGCACCAACGACAACGCGGACAGCAUGACGUCCAUGAGCACGCCGUCCGAGCCAGGCAUCUGCCGCUUCACAGCCUCCCCGCCCAAACCGCAGGACUACGACCGUGGCAAGAACGUCGCCGUGCCUAUCCCACACCGUGCCAACAAGAGUGAGUGGACAGAAGAUAUCAGAAGGCCGUGUAGAAAUAAGAGUGACUACUGCAACCUUCCCCUCUACAUGAAGACGGAUCCGUUCUUCCGCAAACAGGCGGAGCUGCACGACCCGUGUCCGGUGGUGCCGCCGCGCGAGGCGUCCAUCCGCAGCCUGGCGGCGCGGGCCUACCACACACAGGGCCGGCACAUGACCCUGGACUCGUCCAAGCAGCAGGCGCUCACCCUGGCCCACGCGGGCCUCAGCAGCCUCACCAGCUCUGGUUCGGCCUCCAUCUCGUCCGGACCGCCCUCCCUCAGCGCCACGGGAAGCAGCUCCACGGUGGGCGGGCCGAGCGGGGCGGUGGGGAGCAGCGGCGGCGGCGGCGCCUGCGGGGCCUCGGGAGGAAGCGGACCCAGCUCCGGGACCUCCACGCUCCCCCAGAGGACUCUCACCAUGCCUGGCUCCGGCUCGGCCCAGAGCGCGGCGGCAGCGGCGGCCGCGGCAGCAGCGGCAGCCGCCGCCUCGGCGUCCGGCUCCGGGGCCUCCGGCCAGAACCCCACCUCUUCCACCAAGGUGGGCGGCUCCAGAGACUCUCUGCUAGAGAGCAGCUCGUCCGGGCUGGGCAGACUGCAGAAGCAGAGCGCCGGCGCCUACUCCAAGUCCUACACGCUGGUGUAG